GGCCGCAGCCGCUGGGGCCCAGCAGGCUUUCACCAGAAAAUUGUGGGCGGAAACUUCCCCGGGGUUUGCUCUGAGCCGUCUUGAGGCUUCUCAGCUUCAGAUGCAAAGUGAGUGGGUGUCUCUUUGAGAAGCAGAAAGAGAGAACGAAAGAGAGGUGUUUCCCUUGGCUCUGGAAACUCUAUAAAGACCGAGCGGGCUUUUCUUCCCUGGAGCAGUGAGAAACAGCGGGUCCCGGCCUUGCCAUCUUCGCUGGGGGCCAGCCCGAGGAACAGGCUGCCAUGCAGCAGCCCCUGAAUUACCCGUACCCCCAGAUCUACUGGGUGGACAGCAGGGCCAGCUCUCCCUGGGGCUCUCCAGGGUCGGUCCUCCCGUGUCCGUCCUCUGUGCCGGGAAGGCCUGGGCAAAGGAGGCCGCCGCCGCCGCCGCCGCCACCAACACUACCACCGCCGCCGCCGCCGCCGCUGCCCCCACUGCCAUUGCCACCUCUGAAGACUAGGAGGGACCACAACACAGGGCUGUGUCUCCUUGUGAUGUUUUUCAUGGUUCUGGUGGCCCUGGUUGGACUGGGGCUGGGGAUGUUCCAGCUCUUCCACCUCCAGAAGGAGCUGGCUGAACUCAGAGAGUCCACCAGCCAAAAGCAUAUAGAAUCGUCUUUGGAGAAGCAAAUAGGUCAACUCAAUCCACCCUCUGAAAAAAAGGAGCUGAGAAAAGUGGCCCAUUUAACAGGCAAGCCCAACUCGAGAUCCAUCCCUCUGGAAUGGGAAGACACAUAUGGAAUUGCCCUGGUCUCUGGGGUGAAGUAUAAGAAGGGUGGCCUUGUGAUCAAUGAUACUGGGCUGUACUUUGUGUAUUCCAAAGUAUACUUCAGGGGUCAGUCCUGUAACAACCAGCCCCUGAACCACAAGGUCUAUAUGAGGAACUCUAACUAUCCCCAGGACCUGGUGCUGAUGGAGGGGAAGAUGAUGAACUACUGCACUAUUGGCCAGAUGUGGGCCCGCAGCAGCUACCUGGGGGCAGUAUUCAAUCUCACCAGUGCUGACCAUUUAUAUGUCAAUGUAUCUGCACUAUCUUUGGUCAGUUUUGAGGAAUCUAAGACAUUUUUUGGCUUAUAUAAGCUCUAAGAAAAGCACUUUGGGAUUCUCUCCAUAUGAUUCCUUGUUACAGGCACUGAGAAUAUGGUCGUGAAUGAGAGUCUUCUUAAGCCCACUUGAAGUCAAGUGAGAAGUCAUGAGCCAAGUAGACCUUGAGAUCACAAGGCCCAGCAGGUCUACAGUUCCUCAUCUCCCUGUAGAUGUCCAUCUGUCUGGUCCACAUGCCAGAUAAGAGGGGAAAUAUGACUGAAGAGCAUGAGACUCUCGCUGCCAUAUGAAGAUGCAGAGGCAGGAAGAAGCAGCUACCAGGGUGUUCUGCACUCAUCUUAAGUAGCCAAAAGCACUUUGGCACAUUGGAAAAGACAAUUAACUCACCUCUUGGGGUGAGUUUACUGUCUACCUCAGAGGAGGCUGCCUUUCAGAUAUAUGGAUAUGACAUGAGUGUAUAAAGGAUGGAAAAAGAGGACUAGGUUGCAUGAUAAGCUAAAGAGAUGGAAAGGCCAGUGUCCCAUUGGCAGCAUCUUUAUUUCUAAAUGCAUAGCCUGAGCCACCAGGUGAUGCUAACAGAGAAGAAAGGGGGAUCUUUUGGGAAGUUGGUCUAUUCCCUACGCCGCAUGUACAUUUUCAGUGCAAUUGUAGAGGUAUGUAUGUGUGCACGCGUGCAUGUGUGUGUGCACGCAUGUGCAUGUAUUCAUAUGCAUGUGACUAGAAGAGUUACAUAAGUAGAGACAAUGUGAAGAUUGGGAAGAACAUGUAGGAAAACAUGGGUUGCGCAGUGGUAGAUUUUGAAUAUUUCUUGGCAACUAUCUCAGCUGUCCUCAAAAUAGUCCUCAAGACUCUUUGAAUGUCAGCUAUUGAUGCUGUUUUCCUAUAAUAUAAUCAGUAUUUAUAUACAUUUUGUGUAUUUUAAUG